GUGCCUUGCUUGCCUCGUCCUGUUUUUUUUUCUCUUCGCGUUGUUUCUUUGCUUUUUGAUCGCCGCCGCGAUUUCUUUGGUUUCUUCUUUUUGACCAAGGCUUGGCCUUGGGGAGUCUCUUUGCGUUUGCCGUUUCCUUUGCUUCUCCUUCCUCCCACUUAGUUCGUCAUCAUGACGGAGCCUGGCAGAUGGUUGCUUCCACGCCCGUUCCAUGGCCGCCCCGAGGAAAGCCUGGCGGCUUACCUGCGAGAUUAUGAUUCCUGCUUGAAGACCAACGGCUACGUCGCCCCUCCAGCCGAGGGAGAAGCAGACCCUAACCGAACUAGACUCGACCAAAUGCGUAUCUUUCUGCUACAACGCGGACUACAGGGACCGGCGGCUCUUGUCCUUGAAUCCUUAUCGGACGAAGACCGUGACGAUCCUGUCAAGCUGCGAGCAGCCUUAGUGGCCCGCUUCGGAGAUAAAGGAAAGGAGGCAGUACGCCAAGCGGAGCUCCAGGCCAGACGAAGGACACCCGGGGUCCCGCUCGACCGUGCACCGGAGUAUACGGCCCUGCCUCCUUCCAACGAGCCCGAUCCAACCGCCACCGUAACGACGGCUGGGGUUUGCCCGGUCAGCACGGCCAUGUAUUGCUCCGGUAAGAUCACUUUUGCCGAUACCACUGUUCCACUGACGGUCCUGGUAGAUUCGGGGGCUAGUGUCACAUUAAUCGAUUCCUCUGUUGUACCCUCCCAUGUUCGAUCAUCUUUGCGUCCCACUAGCUCCAUUGGCGUUGGGGCCUUGUAUAGUGCUAAUGGUACAUCAAUAACUUCUUUAGGAGUGGUGACUGGGAUGUUUCAGCUGGGGUCUCUCCGGUUUGAGGGACCAGUGAUCGUAGUUGACGAUUUACGAGAAUCAUGCCUACUAGGCGCUGAUCUGUUGAGGAAACAUAAGAUAUCUAUUUCUAUGGAUCCGUCGCCCACUCUUGUCAUGGGGCCAGAAUCCACCCCGAUCUUGUCUUCUCGUUACACUGCAAGUAUCGGCUCCACCUCUUGGUUUCAACAUACUUGGUCUGGGGUCGUGUUUCUCUUAGGCUUACUCGCUAUCCUGGGGUUAAGCAUUUUGGAUGGGAUUGGUACUUGGUUUUCCCUCCCACGUCUCCACGCCAUCACCUCCCUUUUCCAGGUUGUCCUGGGCAGUCUGUUCAUAGCGGCGUUUACCCUCAAAGGGACAUGGGGUUGUCCCCAACUGUGGCCUCAGUGUGGUAACCACCGACCCGACCCGCAGGGCCAACCUCCGGAAUUCACUACUCUUUGUUCCUCCUCGUUGCUCUCUGUGCCCCCAUGGUCAGUCCGGGUUGUGUAUCUAGAUCUUCCAUUGGGAUGGUCGGACCAGGAGGAAUUUCUCUUUCAACCUUUGCCAGCACUGGAAGGGGUUAUUCCUGCCUGUGUUUGUUCUAGUAAUAAGAAACGACUUCUCCUCACUACCUCUAACUUCUCCGCUGCCUUUCUGUCUCUGCCGAGUGGAACACCGCUGGGUGUUAUCCACCGUCUUUCCUCCGCAGGGCCAGCUCCGGUUGCACGGGUCGACGCCGACACCCUGGGGGACGCUACCGAUCUUCUCGACUGGUCUGAUUUCCUGGGCACCGAUCUGCAAAAACGUACGUUAUUUAAUACAAUUCGCAAGUUUAAGAAUGUUUGGGCGACAUCGUCGUCAGACCUGGGGUCCACCACGGUUACUGCACACAGCAUACCCACGGGACACACACCACCCAUCAAGCAAGCUCCCCGCAGAUUAGAUCCCAAACGGGCAGAAAUCGUACAGACGCUGGUUACAGAUAUGCUCAACACAGGUGUAGUGGAACCAAGCAUGUCACCAUGGGCCAGUCCCAUUGUCUUAGUUCGAAAACCUGAUGACUCUUUUCGUUUUUGUGUGGAUUAUCGGAAACUUAACAAAUUAACCACCGCGGACGCUUUUCCUUUACCUAAUAUUGAUGCCACCAUGGAUCACCUUGGGGGGGGGGGGCAGAAUUCUUUUCCACCCUAGACCUACAAUCGGGGUAUUGGCAAGUUCCCCUUAAUCCAGAGGACAAACACAAGUCAGCAUUUGUAACGCCACACGGACUUUAUCAGUUCACUCGCAUGCCGUUCGGGUUAUCAAACGCCCCAGCCACGUUUCAAAGGUUAAUGAAUGCGGUCUUACGGGGGUUGUCGCCCAUUUUCUG